AUGCGAGUCAACGGUUUCAUACAAGCUCUGUUCGUCCUCUUAAUCGUGGCAUUGGUGCAGGCACAGCCUUACGUCUACCGACCCUACAGACUACCCAAUGUAAGUAUCAUACACUAUAAUAUAAUAUAAAAAUUUAUGCCAAUAUAAUAUAAAAAGUAACGUCAAUUUUGAAAAAAGUAAAAAUUUUGUCAUAAAAAAUGUCAUUUUAUCUUCUGGAAAGAAAGUUUUUGCAAUUUUAACGCAAAUUUAAAAUUUUUGUGUUCUGCAACCUGCGGAUGACAACUUAUACGAUAAUGAGCUUAUAUUUGUUUUGUAAAGAAAGUUGUUGCGAUUUUUGGUUUUGUAAAGAAAGUUCUUGCCAUUUUGUGUUUUAUAAACAAAGUUCUUGCCAUUGCAUGGGUUGUAAAGAAAGUUUUUGUCAUUUUUUGUUAUGGAAAGAAAGUUCUUGCCCUUUUUUGUUUUUUAAAGAAAGUUCUUGCCAUUUUACGUUUUGUAAAGAAAGUUCUUGCCAUUUUUUGUUUUGUAAAGAAAGUUCUUGCCAUUUUUGUUUUGUAAAUAAAGUUCUUGCCAUUUUUUUUUUUGUAAUAAAGUUCUUGCCAUUUUUGUUUUGUAAAGACAUUUUUAAAUAAUGAUUUUUCAUUUCCAGACCGCCUACCCAUCGUCAGCGUAUCGACCGGUCGCGAAACGUGCCAACGCCGAGCUAAUCAACGGCCUAAUCGGCAUGGACUUGAACACAUUACAAGCGGUCGGAAAACGGUCGAACGCCGAACUCAUCAACGGCUUGAUUGGCAUGGACUUGAACCGAUUGUCGUCGAUCGGCCGGAAAUAG